UGAUAUAUAAGCUGGGUUAUCGCCACCUGGGUAAUUUUCUGAAAGUGCAGAAAGGUUUCAAGAAAGCAUUACAAAACAUAUUAACAACUUGUGAAGAAAUCAUGAUUUAUUUUAUGAUCUUCGUUUUUCUGCUCAAUAAAUCAAUUGUCUCAGCUCAGAAUUGUGGUCAAGCACCUCGACAGAACCGUGUGGCAGGCGGCUCUGAGGCUACUCCUCACAGCUGGCCUUGGCAGGUUUCUCUACAAUAUUAUGGUGCGAAAAGUCAGGCAUGGUUCCAUGACUGUGGAGGAACACUCAUCCAUCCACAGUGGAUUCUCACAUCUGCAGCCUGCGCCGAUACAUUUGGUUUAUACCCCCGUGCAGUGCUAGGCAAGCACAAUAUAUAUGUACCAGAAUUUGGUGCACAAACAUCAGACAUCCUGCUCGAUGCUGUCCAUGUGUUGUAUAAUACAACCAAAAAGUACUCGAAUAGCAUUGCACUGAUAAAGCUGAGAUCACCUGUGACCUUGACGGACAAAAUUGAUAUUGCUUGCCUUCCCACUCAAGAUGAAGUCUUGCCAGACGACAGUGAGUGCUAUGUCGUUGGUUGGGGCUCCAUUUUCGCCAAUGGCCCAUUAUCCAGCAAUCUUCAGCAAGCCCAGCUGCCAAGGGUGUCGUAUAGCUUGUGCAGUGACACGUAUUGGUGGACACCUGCCUUGCCAGACAAAACUAUCUGCGCUGGCAAUACUGCACACGGUGCAUGCACGGGUGAUUAUGGAGGACCACUAAUCUGCAAGAAGAUCAAUGCAUGGACUAUAUAUGGUAUCGUGAACUUUAUAAAUGGAAAAAAUUGUUUGGGCGUUGGUACCCCUACAGUCUUCACUCAAGUAUCUGCAUAUAUUUCCUGGAUUCAAAAUGUGAUGGCACGUUAUUGAAAUGGGCAGGACAUCUAUCUGGUUGAAGAUCUUCAUCCACAGUCUUCAAUUACUUCACUAAACCAUCAACAGGGUCAUCACCAUCCUUGCAUUACCCAUACUGGAUUUCCACAAUUUUGUAAAUGCUCUUUCCCCUGGACUACAAUAAAAAAAAAAUCUGCUCUGCUUUGCUAUCUCAGCCAGAUCAAGGCUUUCCAUGCGUUUUAUUUUGUUUGCACUUCUGAACUGCAGUUAGCGCUUGAUUAUCCGGGUUGUGAACAAUGAGCAAAAUAUUGUACUGUAUGUUUAACUAUAGGAAGCAAUAAAACGUUACGUUCUUCGUGUUCACCCCAUUCUACGUAGGUAUGCAAUACAGAAAAUGUUUUAAUAGCCUAAUUUACAUGUUUUGCUCAUCCAUGUUUAUGUUUAUCCUGCUCAACCUUCCCCUAAUGACCCCGGAUUCUUGAGAGUUGACUAUGAAACUCACUCCCUGCAUGUUUUUGCCCCCAAGUGUGGAUCUAUUCUAGACAGAUAAGGACUAAUCCUUGAAAUUCUUAAAAUAUAUUAAUAUAUUAACAAUAUAUUCAUCACACGUAUGUAAUGCAAACUUUUAGAAUGAGGGACAGUGCAAACGAGAAAACUAAUCAGGAACAUACUAAUUAUAGACAGUAAUGAGAUAAACUGUAAAGACACUACAAAUAACAUGCACAGUGCAUUUAAGAUAGCAGAUAGUAAAACUAGACAAAGCAAAUGUGUCAGUAAAACAGUACUAUACCAAACGUAAAAAUACACAGCAAAUAUAUACAGUAUGUUACAGGUAAGCCAAUAGAGGUAAGAACAUCGUCACAUGGCCAAGUUGAUGUGUUGCUUGUUAGAGGUCUGCAGUUUCAAGGCCCUGGCCGCGCCUAGUUAACAUUGCGAAUUAGUUUCAAUCAAGGGCAAAGUUUGUUUGACGCGGCGAGGUCUCAAGAGUCUAGGACAGUUCUGAUUCGCAAGUGACCUGGGUUUACCAAAAUGACAGCAAAAAAAAAACUGUCUUGACUUGAAGCUUUCGUGACUGCAGGAAUUCAUAUUCUUGGGUCUUUCGGUAAAGUCACGUAGAUAGGUCAUUUUCUUUGAACCUAUCUACGUGACUUUCCCGAAAGACCCAAGAAUAGAAAUCAACGUGUGCCAUGGACAGAAUGAGUGAAUUUUGAGUGAGUGACUUCACAACACACUCGUCACAUGUUUUAUUAUGCAAUGUAAUCCAACAACGCAUGCCGUUUUAUUGUUACAUGGCCUACCAAAAAAUAUAUAGUUGAAGAACCCUGCCUUAAACUGACAAAAGUCAUAACCUCGGCAACCUUACCCUAAUGGUACUGUAUAUCACUUCUGAACAUUAAUAUAAUCAAUACAAUUAUUAAAAUGUACCUGUAUAACUAACAUGUAAUGGGACGUGUUAAUGGGAUGUAUUUGGAUUUUAACGUAUUGUAUACACGUUCUAUAUAUAGCAGAUUUUUUUCAAUGUUGUAAUAAUACUCUCUGGAUCUUUCAGUAAAGUCACGUAGGUAUAAAAUAAAAUAAAUCACGACGU